AAAUUCCAAUGAAUCAGCAAACCAAUUGACAGCCAUGAAAGGAAAUGUCAUUUGACCAAACAAACAACAAUACCGCUUCGUUUUGUUUGUAGACAAACCAGCACAGGAGCGUGGAAAUAUUCUUUUCAAUCGAUCGAACAUGGAAAUUUCAGCAAUAGAAGAUCUUAAAAUUAUCCCGGAUGUAGUGCAACCGUAUCCAGAUCCGUCCGUAGGUCGGGAAGGUGUCAUCGUUAUAGAUAAUGGGUCGUUCAACUGUCGUGUCGGAUGGAUGUUGAAGGAGAAACCAGCGUUGAUAUUUCGCAACCUGCUGGCCAAACCUCGGAAGGAUCGCACCAAAAAAGACAUCGAGGUAGCGACGGUUCCAGUAACCCAGAUUGGUAACGAUAUAGUGAACAUCGAAGCGAUGCGCUUGCAGCUACGAACCCAGUUUGAUCGUAACGUCGUCACACACUACAAUGUGCAAGAACAAAUUUUCGACUACAUUUUCACAAAGCUCGGCAUCAACUCUGAAAACGGAGUUCCUCACAAGGUGAUGAUAACGGAGUGCUUAUUUAAUCCCAACUACUGUCGCAGUUUAAUGUCGGAGCUCCUCUUCGAAUGCUACGACAUACCGGGCUUGUCGUACGGGGUGGACAGUUUGUUCAGUUACUAUUCAAAUCAACGACCGAAAAAUGGCCUCAUCAUUGCCACCGGUUACCAUACGACGCAUGUUGUACCUGUUAUGAAUGGUCGCAUCGUCGUAGAAAGCAUACGGCGCAUCAACAUUGGAGGAUCGAACAUGAUUGCGUUUCUGCACCGUUGCCUGCAGCUUAAGUACACCUUCCACAUAAACGCCAUCACGUUGAGUCGCUCGGAAGUUUUGCUAAACAAGUACGGUGAAUUUGCAUACGACUACAUGGAAGCGCUACAGAAUUGGGCUUCCCUUGAGUACUAUGAUCAAAAUGUGAAGAAAAUUCAGCUACCGUUUAAUCAGACAACGGCGACCGCAACACUAACUACUGAGCAAAAGUUUGAGAAGAAGAAAGAGCUCUCAAGGCGUUUGGUUGAAAUCAACGCAAGGCGCCGCGAGGAACGUUUGGCGCAGGACGAAGAAUUGCUCAUGCAGCUACAGCAGUUGGAGGAGUCUGCAGAGGAUGGAGAUGACAUUCGCGAAGGUCUGGCAGAACACAGUCUCAAAGAUGUAGGGGAGUUGAAGCGAAUGAUAAGCACAGUCCACUCAAGAGUUGACAAAACUCGCCAAAAAAUAAAUGCCCCUACAGCAACUGGCUCUCAACCGCUACAAGCCGAGCCGGAGAAAUUGUUACAGCCUCCACCGAACAUGAGUGUGGCCGAAUGGGUCGAAGAGACGCGCCGGAAACGGGACGCCAUCAUAGACAAGCGACAAGCACGACGGCAACGAAAGCAGGACCUCGCUAAGCGAAGGACGGCAGCUGCACAGGAGCGUAUGCGCAUCAUUUCACAUUUGGCUCGUAAGGAGAAGGGAAGCGACGAUUUUGGCAUGCGAGACGAAGACUGGGACGUGUACAAACAGAUCAGCCGCGAUGAAGAUAGUGACAAUGAGAACGACAACGAACGUUUGCUGGAGUGCGAAAUUAUUCUCAAACAAUACGAUGCAACGUAUGAGGAUCCGCUACUGACGAUGGCUGGCAAUGCGGCCGAGCUGUACCAGUUGCACGUCGGCGUGGAACGUAUACGUGCGCCGGAAAUUCUUUUCCAACCAAGUAUAAUCGGCAGCUACGAGGCUGGUCUUGCAGAAACGAUCGACUUUGUGCUGAAACUUUUCCCAGUCCACCAACGGAGUUGCUUGGUGGAAAACAUUUUCCUUACUGGAGGGUGCGCGAAGAUCCGUGGUUUGAAGGAACGGCUAGGGAGGGAAAUGAGAGAAAUGUUACCCUUUAAGGCUAGAUUUGAGAUCGAAAUUGCUCGCGAUCCGGUGUUGGACGCUUGGAAUGGAGCAAGCAAGUUUUGCUUAACGGAAACUUUUCGCCAAUCACUAAUCACUCGACCAAUGUACGAAGAGUGUGGUGGAGAGUAUAUAAAGGAACAUGUCAAUGGGAAUGUUUAUUUUCCGACUCCAAAAGUUUCUGAUGAUCAGAUGAUUAGUUAAGGACAAGCCGUAAGAGCAUGAAAAUCGAAAUAAAUAUCGAAUAAAAAAGAUUUGAAUUUUA